AUGAAGCUGCUUGAAAAUCCCAAAUUGGAAGCCAUGUCCCAUAAGUUACAAAUCGACAAACCUGACUGUCGAUUUGAAGGCAGACUAGAGAGUUACAGUUGUAAAAUGGUUACAAAGGACAAAAGGUUAUUCAAACUGAUGAGCAACGAGAUGGGUCUCUCCCCUAAUGAUCUUCAAGCCCUCUCACCCCCUGUUAAUAUGUUUAGCUCCAGCCCUACUAGCAGAUUCGGCAGCAAGAGUUUCGACAUGGAGCCUGUAUUGUGUGAUGCCAUCUCCCUCAAGACUCUUUUCUAUCUGAUCUCGACACUCAAUGAGUCUUUCCAUCCGGAUUAUGACUUCAGUCAGGCAAAAAGUGACGAGUUCUCCAAGGAAUCCUCCCUAGCUUCUGUGGUGAAUUCUGUGGACUGCAGACUGCUAACUGUUCUUGGUGAUGAUUACAAUGAGCUGAGCAAGGAGCUGUGGGCAACGAUUGAUGAGGAGAUAUGUCUCAGGGAAUGCUCGUACUACAGUUACAAUCCUGACUUGACCUCUGACCCUUACGAGGACUCACUCUGGUUCUUUAAUUAUUUCUUCUACAAUAAAAAGCUCAAGAGAAUUCUCUUCUUCACGUGCAUGGCAAAGAGCAUGUUUGGUGCAGGCCAAGGUGAUUCUGGCGUCGACAUGUAUGGUGGUGAUGAGGAAGAUUAUCAGUUUUCUGUAGACCCUUAG